AUGCUGCUUCCCUCUGUCACUGUGGCUGCCGUUGCAGCGCUGUUCGCGGUGCCCGCGGCCGCCAUCAAGUUCGGCGACGGCGGCGAGGGCGGUCUGACGUCCACGCCGACACGGAACCUCACCAACGAGGACCCGCCCGCCGGCAAGGCGCUGUACACGAACGCUGUCUCAAACUGUAUCGAGCCCAAGGCGAUCCUGAUCGAUAGCUUUGAUAUUGCGUACUGGCGCGCAAACCACAGCGCGACUUUCUCCUUCUCCCUCGCGUCCAUCGAGACCGACCUCUCGGUCCGCGCGCGCCUGUACUUCAAUGCGUAUGGCAUGGAGAUUUUCAACAAGGAAAUCAACAUAUGCGACUACGUCCAGGGCGUUCUCUGUCCCCUGCCCCAGGUCAAUGUCACAGGCUUCGGCACCUAUCCCAUGCCCGACUGGGUACAGGACCAGAUCCCCGCUAUUGCAUGGACAGUCCCCAACCUCGAGGCAUACGCGCGCGUCGAGCUCAUCAACGAGAAGACGAACGAGAGCGCAGCAUGCUUGCAGGCGACCCUGUCGAAUGGCAAGACGACGCAGCAGACGGCCGUGAAGUGGGCCUCGGGCAUGUUCACGCUCGCGGCCGGCGUUGUUGCGCUCGUGCAUUCGAUGCUCGUGAACUCGGUCUCGCCGGCGCUGUACCGCUGGUUCGACGUGCUGUUCCUGUACCAAACGGCAGCGGCGGCGGGCAUGAUGCACCUCAACUACCCGCUCGCGUUCAGCAACUUUGUGCAGAACUUUUACUGGUCGUUCGCCCUCUUCCACGCCGAGCCAAUGCAGAACAGCAUCAACGACAUGCGCAACCGCACAGGCGGGCAUCUCGGGUUCGACGCCCACAGCGACGUGCAGUACAUCAACCGCAAGCUGUCGCCGUACAACGUCCAGAGCAUGGUCGACAUGAGCAGCAUGAUCGGCAAUGCGCCGGCGCUCAAGAGCUUCUUCACAAGCCACGCCAUCAGCAACGUCGCUGUGCGUGAGCUGGUGCGCCGCGCGCCGAUGCCCUCGCUCGUGGACCAGAACCAGACGACGGAUCUGACGACGGGCAUCCCGCAGUAUGUCGAGACGCGGAGCAUCCCGUACGCGAACGCGUACGACACGAUCUUCUUCUUCUUCCUUGCGUUUGUCGCCAUCGUGCUCGCGUUCCACGCCCUGCUCGCCCUGCCCGUGUUGGCGUUCUCGAGGAGCUCGCCCACGAACGCCGUCACAAGGUGGGCCACCCGCCUGCGCUCUGCGUACUGGAACCUGCUGUGCGCGAACCUGCUCCGCGCGUGCCUCGUUUUCUUCUUCCCCAUCUUCAUCUUUGCCUUCUACCAGUGGACUAUCGGGAAGGGCGACUCGGGGCUAUCCAUCUUCUUCGGCGUUCUCGGCGUGCUGUUCAUUGCCGUCCCGCUCUGCGUCGUCUUCUUCUUGAGCCUCCGCCGUGCGAAGCGCGAGUCGCCCGAGAAGCCUGGCGUCUCGCUGCUGUACACCGACUUCCAUUUCUUCCAGUCCGCUGGCGUCCUGUACCGUCCCUUCAAGGCGCAGCGGUGGUUCUUCUGGUUCGCGCCGUACGUGCUCGCCAUGUUCGCGCGUGCCGCGUUCAUCGGCUUCGGGCAGCGCAAUCCCUGGGCGCAGGUGAUUGGGUGUCUCGUCGUUGAGGCGCUGCUGUUCGUCUCGCUCAUCGUCUUCCGUCCCGAGAAGCGGCGCUCAGGCAACCUGCUUUCAAUCGUGCUGAGUCUCUUCCGCAUGAUUCUGUUCGGCCUCCUCAUCGCGUUCCUCGAGACGCUGCACGUCAAGCCCAUUCCUCGCACAGUCAUCGGUAUCGUCGAGAUUGCGAUCGUGGGCAUUCCCACCGUCUUCCUCUUCAUCAGUUUGAUCUGGAACACGUUCUACGGUAUCCUCUGGCGCCGACACAAGACUCCAGGCCCCGAGGACGGCGCGGAGCUUGAACGAGCGAGCUUUGAUGAGGACCGCGGCGAGAAGCGAGCACCCGCUGCCCUCACGCCGACCGACUCGGAGUCGCACGACUCCUCGGGCCCUCCCACGCCGCCGAACGAGCCGUACCCGCCCCUGCUCCAGAAUGAGGACAGCUUUGGCAAGAAGCCCGACAGCUCGGUCGGAUACUCGUCCAGUGCUCUCGAGAAUGCGUCGGACCUCUACCCGUCAGGCGCAUACCAGCAGCCUCCUCAGCAGUACCCAGAGUACGCUCAGCAGUACCCCCAGCCGCCGUACCGGCCAUAG